ACGGAGCCACCCUGUCAAUCACAAUUAAGGAACCAUGGGAGUAAACUGGUAAGGAAGCUCGGCGCAACCACUGUGUUUACUUUACGGUGAAUAUUUGUUGAAUUUGCGCAGAAACGACAACUAUGCACCCGUACACUGUGGGACAUUUACAUCUGAUCUCGCCCAACUGGGAACCGCUACACUUUGACGGGAAUUAGCAUGAGGCGUUACAUUUUAACAACACAAACUUAGCGAGUUGCCUGCGCCUUUUUUUUUUUUUUUUUUUUUUUUUUUUGUUGCCCUCACAGUGUUCCAGUUUGAACAAAAUACACAAGUCACCGUUGGUAUUUGUACAAAAGGCGGUGCCGCGGAGGUUUCUAUGAACUCCGAGCGCAGGAUAUACUCGUUUAUUUGACUACAAACCCCCCCGAGGAAAAUCUGGUCUGUGCAUUUCAGAGAACUGCCUUGUCGGUGAGUCGACUUUCGAGGAAGGAGUGACGGUACAAGAAGACACUCCCAAAAACAAACGAAGCCAAAACAGCAAAUCUCUCCGCUCCAACUCCAGGGAGAGCAAGGAAGGAUCCGAUAUGAGUGGGGGAGAUGUGGUGUGCUCAGGGUGGCUGAGAAAGUCUCCUCCAGAAAAAAAGUUGAGACGUUACGCAUGGAAGAAGCGGUGGUUUGUUCUUCGCAGUGGCCGUCUGACAGGCGACCCAGACGUGUUGGAGUACUACAAGAAUGACCACGCUAAGAAGCCCAUCCGUGUUAUUGAUCUCAACUUGUGUGAGCAGGUGGACGCUGGGCUGACGUUCAACAAGAAGGACUUGGAGCACAGCUUCAUAUUUGACAUCAAAACCAUUGACCGUGUCUUCUACCUGGUGGCUGACACCGAAGAAGAGAUGAAUAAGUGGGUUCGCUGCAUCUGCGACAUCUGUGGUUUCAACCCCACUGAUGACGAGGCAGCAAAAGCUGCUCACCAGUCAGCCAUCGGAGGCCUGGUGGUGGACACUGCCCCGCACCCAGCUCUGGGUAAUAUUCUGGGUCCAGCAGCGAUGCUGUCCAGUGUGCCUCCUCCAUACCAGCCGGUCAAUGUGCGACACCUGGACUCUCAGUCCAGUUCAGAUGAGCCCCAGGAUUACCUGUGGCUGGUCAACUGUGAGAGCAAAAAGCCUGAACCCAACAGCACAGUGCAGCUUCACUCUCCACUGGAGGGAGACCAGGAGUAUUUGCUCCUGGAGGAGUGUGAGAGCAAGACUCUCCCUCCCCAGGCUAGUCUAGCCCAUGCUGAGUGUUCCAAGUCUACCUCGUCAGAGACGGACCUGAACGACAACCUCCCCUCUCACCGCACGCCCACAUCCUCCUCCUCCUCAGCUAAACACACCUCGCACAACGGCUUCUUCCCACAGCACCCGGCCCCUACCUCCGCCUCUUCCAUCUACGACUCGCCUCCAUCACGCGGUGCCUCGCUCUCGACCGACGGCGGCCUUUACCACCUCCCUCGCAGCUACUCCCAGGACACUGUGCUGCUCCCAAAGUCGGCCUCCUCCCCUCUGGCCCAUCCGGACAGCGUGGACGGCUCUGAGCUCUAUGUCUUCAACACACCGUCACGAAAGCCCUCAAUGGAGUCACAGAUACGCAACCUUUCCAUCAGUUAUGAUAUCCCACCUACACCUGGCGCAAACUGUACCUACCAGGUGCCCCGCACUUUGUCAGUGUCGGCAGGGGUAGGAGUCUCAGAGGGUGGGGGAGAUGUAGUACCCCCUCCUAGACCACCAAAGCCUUCGCUCAGUUCCACCUCAGGACCCCCACCACCCCCCGCUGAGCGCUCACCUACGGACACCUAUUGUGUGCCUCGCUCAGCGUCAGAGACAGACGGAAACUACUGUGUGCCUACUAGUGCUGGGAUUAAGUCUUUACGCAGCAACACUAUUGGCACGGUGGACUGUUCACGCCUCCGCAAAGAUUUUGGAUCCCAGGACUGCUAUGACAUUCCUAGAUCAUUCCCCUCUGAGAAAAGCUGCUCAUUUGACUUCAACGAAAGCUUCAACAGCUACUUUAAAAACAAAGGAAUGAUGCCAGUGGGCAGCCAGUCCACAGAAGAGGUAGACCAGAACUAUGUACCCAUGAGUGCCAACUCCCCAUCACACCAUCACUCGGGCAGUUUGUCAGAGCCCAUGCACGAACCCAACUAUGUGCCCAUGACCCCUAGCACCAUGGAGUUCUCCUCCCUAGGAAAGCAGGUCCCUCCGCCCGCCCACAUGGGCUUCCGCUCCAGUCCCAAGACUCCUCCUCGCAGGCCAAUGAUCAGCGACUGCCAGCCCCCACCCGUGGACCGAAAUCUCAAACCUGACCGCAAAGGUCAGAGUCCUAAAAUAAUAAGAGCAAAAGGUGUCGGUUUAGAGCGAACCGACUCUCAAACCGUAGGUGAAUUCCCGAGGGGACGACGCAAGGGAAGACCCGCUCCACUGGAGAUCAAACCACUGCCUGAAUGGGAGGAGCCCAGUACGCCUGUCCGCUCGCCUGUCACGCGCUCAUUCGCUCGAGAUCUCUCUAGGUUUCCAAUGCCAACGAGACCCCCGUCAGUGCAUAGUACGGCCUCCAGCACUGACUCCGAGGAAUGUGAUGAGACUUAUGUACCCAUGGUCUCUAAUAUGUCCACAGAUGAACCAAACAUGAAGCUUGGCGCCCCCCUGACUGCGGAUGGUGGGAGCAGCCCUAUGGUGAAGCCGAAGGGAGACAAACAGGUGGAGUACCUGGAUUUGGAUCUUGACACCGGCAAGUCCACCCCUCCUAGGAAGAUGAAAAGCAACGGAACUGGAAUGGCAGUGUCGGAUGAGCGUGUUGACUACGUGGUUGUGGACCAGCAACGGACACAGGCCCUUAAGAGCACCCGGGAGGCCUGGAACGAUGGCCGCCAAUCCACAGAGACAGACACCCCUUCCAAGGGACCCAAGUGACCCUGUUGUCCCAACCAUCAACCCACCCUCCAAACCCCCAAACCGUUGGGCCUUUUACAAUAGUGUAGGCUCUGGUUUGUGCUUUAGGAUGGUCCAGCUCUCACGUUCCACCUCAGCAAAGUCCUUAAUGUGUAGGGGGCCAGUGGAGCUUCAUAGCCACUCAACUGUGUUUAGUUUACAGUGCUGUCAGGCCUACGACAGCACUGUGUAUACAGUUGUAAGAAGGGGUGUGAGCCAGGAAUAAGCUGUAUGCAGUAUGAAAGCAGGUGGAAUGACUGGACUUGUCUUCUGCGUUUGACUAAAGCAGACUCAUGAACUUUGAACAUUCACUGCCUCCUAUAUUGGAUUUUUUUGUUCUGUUGUUCACCUUUCAAUGGCCGGUGGGUUGAUCCACAGUUAACAUUUCCUUAAGUUAUAAUGCUGUUUGAUGUUGUUUUGAAGUGUAAGUGAAAUCACUUGAUAACAUGAUCACUAUACUUUAUCAAUGCAACACUCUACUACUUAGCAUAGCUGGCUAACAGUGUUGAUGUGUGGGUUCCUCCUGCUUGAGCAGAGUGAAGUUUCCAUCGGCACUGGUCAGAAGUCAGUUUUACAAUUUCCACGUCAACUUAGUUUGGAGGUCUGAAACUGAUCCCGAUCUGUGUCUAAGGCAAACUUCAAACGUGAUCCCCAAGAUAACCCAGUACGACAGACUUUUAUAGUUUUUAUUAUUAUUUUUCUUUUAUUUGCAAAGGCAGUUGAACUUGAUCAUUUUACAUGUAACCAAGUGCUCAAUUUAAGCUUUGAAUUCAAGGUUUAAUCCACUGAACAUGAUUUUGAUUUCCAUUUACUUUGUACGUGGAGAUGCUUCAAUCUGUUAUAAUGGAAGUGCAAAGACUGUACAAAAGUGUUAUGUAUAUAAACAGGAAAAGUGUCCUUUAUUUGUAUGGAAUAUCCAGCGUGUAUGACUCGAAGGUAUGUGGAUUCUGCAGGGUAGAAUCCUUUGCCUGUCUUAGGUGGUAUCAGGACUUGUGAUUAAUGAAUGAAUUACUGUGAGUUUUUAAAAGAACGUGACAGGUUUUCUAUAAGUUAUGCAAAAGGUAUCAAACUAAGGCUAGAGAGAGAGAAAAUCAGGUACUAAUAAUACAACUAUUCAUUUCUAAUUUAUUUCUCAAGUUAUUUCAUCAGGUGGCUUUCAUGUCCACUUUUAGCUCAGUAUUCUUGUAUAUGGAGGAACAUUUGCUUAAGUCUGUUAAAAUGCUUAGUUUGACAAGCGCCCAAUUAGUUCACAAGUUCAUUGUUAUUCCUCAUUUCUCUCUCGUCUUAGGUUUAAUUUAUUUCAAAUUGAACUGGCAUACAGUUUUGGGAAAUUGACUGCCUCAUGUAGUCAACUUGAUACAUAUUUUAUAGACAGUGAAAAAGUCUUUGUCUGCAUAAAUCUGUGCUUUACUAACCUGUGAACUCUCACUCAGAAGUCCCAAGCAUGUGCUACCACAAGAUAAAAUCAUUGCUGUACAUAUUUUGCCAUCAAUUAGAUUAACAUGUAUCAUUUGAAAAAUGUGCCUACUAAUUCAUCUUCAUUCUACUUCACUCUUUCCUUAUUGCAGUCUCUUUGUGAUACGGACUGCAAAGCUGAUGAUGCUUUAUCUUUUUUAAUGAAUCUCGACAGAAAAUGUAAAUUUUAAAAGUAGACUAAAUAAAAUACAACCUCUUAUU